AUGGAGACACCGGGACCGGGACGCCCUCAGGCUACGGGGUCACGCAUAACCGGGACCCUUCGAUGCCCCGGGGCCGGGCCGCCUACCUGGGUCAAGGUCGCGGCGGUCCCGUCCCGUCAGCGCCGCACCUGGGGAGGGCAGAGGAGGCGUUGGAGGCGUUGGGCGCGGGGCCGGGACCCCCGGGACCCCGCGGGCCUGAGCCCCUCGCCCACGGCACUGCGGCCCGCUCGGACCCGUCGCCGCCGCGGCCUCCUCACCCCCGACACCGCCCGGGCCGGGCCGGUCCCUCCGGCCCCGCGCGGCCAAGGGCGGGCGGCGGCCCGGGAACCCGGCACCGCGGCAGAAGGGCGGCUGGACAUGCCCCGAGGCCCGCCCCGCUCCCCGCACCCCCCGCUCCCGGUGUCCCCGCUGACGGUGCCCCCAUUCCCGGUGUUCCGGAGCCCCCCGGCCCCUCCCGGUCCGCCCCAGCGCCGCCGCUCACCGCCCGCCCCCGCCACGGGCCCCGCGCUCCCGACGCCAUCUUCCCGCCGCGCCCGACGCACCGCGCGCGCCGGCCACGCCCACCGCUCCCGGGACACGCCCGUACCUCCGUGGGCGUGGCCUGCCUGGAAAAGCCCGAGCGCUCAUUGGCUACUCAGUGAGGGGGCGGGGCCGGGCGGGGCCGGGCGGAGCCGGAGCGCGUGGGAACCGGGAAUCGGGAGCAGCGGCACGGGGACACACCGGGACACACCGUCACGGGGACACACCGACACCGGGACACACCGGAACCGGGACACCGGGACACACUGGGACACACCGGGACACACCGGCACGGAGACACACCGGCACCGGAAUCCUCGGAACUCCUGCACACUGCACUUCCCGGAACUGACCUCCUCGGAAUCGGGCCCCGCGGACACGGCCAGUGCCGCAGGAGCUCCGUGGCUGGGUCCCCUUGAGAAACCAUACCUGGCACCGGGGCAGGCGCAGACCCUGGCAGGUGCUGAGGUGCGCAGGAUCCCCGCUGUGGAGGAUGCGGACCCUCGGCUCCCUCCUGUCCCACCGCAGGGCCAGGCUCCAGCCCUGCAGCACCUCUGGACCCACGGCCACAGCCAGGGCUGCUCCACUGCCACCCCCUGGAACUGGACCCUGGACCCUGCUGGGGACUGGCACUACAGAUGGAUCAGCCUCAUGGUGCUGCCCAUCCUUUACAACUGGGUUGUCCUCAUCCUCAGGUGCUGCUUCCCUGAGGUGCAGGAGGCACACAGGGGGCUAUGGAAGGUCCUGGACGGAUUCAGCGAUGCAUUGUACCUGCUGGACAUCGCCGUGCACUGCCACACAGGUUUCCUGGAGGAUGGGAUCCUGGUGCGGGAUGUCAGCCGGACGCGGUGGCGCUACCUGGGCUCCUGGACCUUCCCCUGGGAUGUGAUGGCCGUGCUGCCCACCGAGCUGCUCUGUCUGCUCCCAGGGGUCCCAAGGGUCCCAGGGGUGCCAGCAGCACGUGCCAACCGCUGCCUACGGGUGCCACGACUCUUCGAGGCCUUCGACCGGUGCGAGACGCGCACAGGAUGGCCCAACGUGUUCCGCGUGGCCAAGCUGAUGCUGUACCUGCUGCUGGGCAUCCACUGGCACGGCUGCCUCUACUUCGCACUGUCAGAACACCUGGGGCUGGGCGUUGACCCCUGGGUCUGCCCCAGCUCCGCCCGACCUCUGCGCCGCUACCUGCACAGCUUCUACUUCUCCACGCUGGUCCUGGCCAUGGUGGGUGACACGCCAGCACCACAGCGUGAGGAGGAGUUCCUCUUCCUCACCGCCGGCUUCCUCCUGGCCGUGCUGGGCUUCGCCACCAUCACCGGCGGCAUCAGCACCGUCAUCGUCAACCUCAGCUCAGCCACCGCUGCCUUCUACCCCGAUGCGGGGCCGGUGCGGCGGUACCUGCGGGCGUGGGGCGUGGGCGGGCGGCUGGCAGGGCACGUCGUGCGCUGGCACCAGCACCUGCGGGCGCAGCGCAAGCUGCCGGCAGAGUGGGAGGUGCUGCAGCACCUGCCGCAGGGGCUGCGGGCCGAGGUGGCCGCCAGCGUGCACCUGGAGGCCCUGCGGCGCGUUGGGCUGUUCCGCAGCUGGGAGCACGGCGUGCUGCGGCAACUGGUGCUGCGCCUGCGACCGCAGGUCUUUGGGCCCGGUGAGUUCGUGUGCCGGCGAGGGGAUGUGGGCCGUGAGAUGUACUUCAUCCGCGAGGGCCACCUGGCUGUGGUGGCCGAGGACGGUGUCACGCAGUUGGCUGUUCUGGGCGAGGGGCUCUACUUCGGGGAGAUCAGUCUCAUCAACAUCAAGGGCAACACGGCAGGGAACCGGCGCACGGCCAACAUCCUGAGCAUCGGGUACUCAGACCUGUUCUGUCUGGGCAAGGAGGACCUGGCGGAGGUGCUGGCCGAGUUCCCCUGUGCCCGUGCUGCCAUGGAGGCCAAGGGCCGGGAGCUGCUGCUGCGCAUGGGCCGGCUCAACACGGAAGCCGAGGCGGCAGCGUUGGCGGCCGAGGCCGAGGCGCAGCGGCGGCUGCAGGGGCUGGAGGUGGCCCUGGAGGGGCUCCAGACCCGGGCAGCCCGACUGAUGGCACAGCUGGAGGCCAGCGCCCUGCGCAUGGCCCUGCGUGUCCAGCGCCUUGAGGGACGGCUGCGGCAGCAGCGACGGGACAAGGCAGCACGGACGGAUGGGGCAGCAGGAAUGGCCUCGCCGCAGCGGCCUGCCAGGACACAGGGCCUUGCUGGGGGACAGGGCCCUCCUGGAGUGCAGGGCUCACCCGAGGCACAGGUUCGGGACUCCAGCCCCGCCGAGCCGUCCCAGGGCAACCGCAGGGACGCGGUGGCAAACACCGCGGUGGCGGCGGUCGCCGUCGCCCGGUGCCUCAAGAGGGCUCCCGGCGAGGCCCCCCCCCCCCCCCCACCAAGAUGCCCGAGCCGCCCGGGACUCCGGCUGCCGCCCGCACCCCCCGGGCUCCCCUCGCCGCCGCCACCGCCCCCCGCCCCCAGCCCGCCCCGCGCCGGGCGCCGCCCCCGCUUAUCCACCGGCGGAUCCGAGCGGAUCGGAGCCUCGUCCCUCCCGGAGCCUCCCGGUGCCUGA